CUUAAUGGCUAUGCAGUUUUUAUUUAUAGGAAGUUAUCCGUCUCAAAGAAUUUAUACAUCUAGUCUCGAUAUCUACAAUAAGUGUUAUUCCACCGAAUGGUAUAAGUACUCAGUGAAAACAAGAAAACUUCUUCAAGUGAUGAUGAUGAGAGCUCUCACUCCCAGCUGCGUGAAAAUAGGUCCCACCCAUCCUCUUAAUUUUGAAUCAAGUGGAAAGGUUGUCCGACUAUCUUUUUCUUAUAUUACUGCAUUGAUAUCGAUGAUGAACCUUAAUUAAUGCCCAAAACUAGCCCUUUCAGCGCACAAACUGGGUACUCG